GUAGGAUAUUCCAUUAUCCAACCAGCCUGUCAUUUAUUCGCUCUUGAAACUCCAACUACUUUGGAGCCAAAUUAAUCAUCUUUCCUUUUUUUAACAGUUGGCCUGUUUACAGUGAAAACUGGUUUCUGGGUCGCCUGAAAACCACCUCCGCCGCUUAGAAUGACCGGAACAUUGGUGGUAUUUGACUUCGACCGGACCCUGAUCGACGAUGACAGUGAUAGAUGGGUGGUUACGGAGAUGGGUCUGACCCAGCUUUUCAAUGAGCUUCGCUUUACUUUGCCAUGGAACUCACUCAUGGAUAGAAUGAUGAUGGAGCUUUAUUUGCAAGGAAAGACUACUGAAGACAUCAAAGAAUGCCUCAAAAGAACUCCAGUGCAUCCACAAGUAGCUGCAGCUAUUAAGUCAGCUCAUGCUUCCGGAUGUGACUUGAAGAUAAUUAGUGAUGCCAAUCAGUUUUUCAUUGAGUCGAUCUUGGAAGAUGGCAUGUUGGGAUGCUUCUCACAAAUUGUCACAAAUCCAACCUGCAUAGAUGAAGAUGGAAGACUGAGAAUUUUUCCUUACCAUGAUCCUGUCUCAUCUUGUCAUGGUUGCUAAUAAUUGCUUUCUCUUCCUAUAAGUGGUUGUAAGGGUCAGGUGAUUGAUCAAUUUUUGGCUUCUGCUUCCAAAAAUGUGAGGAAGAGAUACAUCUAUCUUGGAGAUGGGAGAAACGAUUUUUGCCCGACUCUGAAACUAGUGGAGGGGGAGCAUGUCAUGCCAAGGAAGGACUAUCCAUUAUGGAAUCGCAUUUGCGGCAACCGAAUGCUUAUCAAGGCCGAUAUCCAUGUAUGGAGCGAUGGAGAGGAGCUUGCUAAGAUCCUAUUUCAGCUUAUCCAGUGAACCUCUACUGAAGAACUCCGUUGCUGUGAGACUGUAACUCGAAUCAGUAGAACUCUGACGAGAAUUGUCCAGCUAUCCUCAGGGACGCGCAUUGUCAACCUCUCACACCUCAAGCAUCCAACCUUGCUUAAACCUCAGGGUCAUUGAUGUUGUAACUGUUAGAUAAUAACCAAACUACAAGGUGGC